UGAUAAGAACGUCCGACAGUUUGAAUUAUCGAUUCUCGAAAAUGGAAUACGAUUAUUUAAUUAAGUUCUUGGCCCUUGGGAACUCCGGAGUUGGCAAGACGAGUUUGCUUUACCAAUAUACCGAUGGCACGUUUGAGUCUCGUUUUAUGUCUACCGUUGGUAUUGAUUUUAAGGAAAAACGGGUGAUAUACCAGACAGCAAAUGGUAGAACACAGCGUGUGCAUUUGCAGCUGUGGGAUACAGCUGGCCAAGAGCGGUUCAGAAGUUUAACAACUGCAUUUUACCGGGAUUCCAUGGGAUUUCUUUUAAUUUUUGAUCUGACCAAUGAGCUCUCAUUCCUUGAAGUAAGAAAUUGGCUGGAACAACUUAGGACCCACGGAUACUGCGAUGAUCCGGACAUAAUUCUCUGCGGAAAUAAGUCUGAUUUGGAAGACAAGCGGGUCGUCAGCGAAGAGAAGGCACGGGAGUUAGCAGAGAAGCACGGUUUGGUCUACCUGGAAACCAGUGCAGCGACUGGGCAAAACGUGGCGCACGCCGUGGAGGUGCUUCUGGACCGGGUGAUGCGUCGCAUGGAGACCACUGUAGACAAAUCAUUGCUGCCUCAUCAGAAAGUAUUGCGCUGCCACGAGCGCGACACACCACCGCCCAGCACAUCAUGCUACUGCUGACAGUGUCCUUACACGUAGUUGAGCGAACCGUUGCUACCGACAUCAAGAUGAAAAUGUUCGGCGGCUUCAGUGUUCGUUCAGCUAAAGGCAAUUCAACCGAUGAAUCUUAUACUUGAAUCUCCUAGCGUUCGAAGAGUUGAAAAGGGGUACUAAGCUAGAUACCCAUCGUACAUUCAAACGUUUGGGUGCACCAAGUUGAUCAGAUCUGAUUGAAGUCCUAGUAAUUGCCGCGGGCAACGUUCAUUGGUGCAUCAGACGUUUACGAUUGUACGCCGAUCGAAGUUUUCCGGUUUCGUUCUCGAACGAAGCUUAACGAAUUGUUUCGUGCAUUGCACAUCCAUGCGUCGUUCUACUUACGAUGUUCCACGUAUCCACGCACGUACUGUCGUCUUCCAUUGCCGCUUCCCUCUGGUACAGGACUGUUCUUGACGCAUGUUGUCUUUCAUCCUUCGCGGUACCGCGAUUCGCCUGUUACUGUUGGUCGCACAACGUGUUCAAUAUACAUUGUAAUACAUACAUAUUUACAUGCGUAUCGGUCUGACUUCGUUCGCCAAAGAUUGUGAUACGGUGGCUAUGACUCGGGACAGGGUGUCGGUGAUUUUUCGACUAUGUAUCUAACGUGUUGUUGCGCCGAGAGGUAUUUUCAUGCAGAACAAUCGUGUACAAAAAGUAUCGACUAUUUUAUGUACAAUUACAGUUAGCCGAACAGGAUAGUAUUUUGAACGUCCGUUCUUGGAAGCUGUCGGAGGGAAGACUCUUCUUUUGUCAACCGCUUUGUCGAUCAUCCCUUGAUGACAGCUUCAAGCUAGCUUCAGGUUGUGAUGGUUGUUUCACCCUGCGAUGCAACGUGAUCUUCCAAAGCAUCGCGAGGGGGUCACCAAAAACGUCGCGACAGUAUUUUUGAUGCUGUUAUUGUGUCUAAUCGAAGUUCAUACAUCUAGCCGUAAGUGUCCUAUCGUCGGAAAACAAUCAAACUGUGCGGCUCCGUUACCUCUUCACGCGAAACCUGUUUGUACUGUCGUUAUACUGAGUAUUUGAUGAUAUAUAUAUAUAUAUAUAUAUAUAUAUUAAUCGUGGAUACGGUACAGUUACAUGCCGAGGAUCCUACACGUUAUUCAUCUUGACUUUUAUACGUGUGUUGUGUGUUCAAGUCGAAGAAAUGAUUCUAGGAGAGAUUACAGAUGCUGGGAAGUCUAUGUCCAAACUAUACAGUAAAUCUUUUAUCAGAUCUUCUAAUGGAAAAACAUUGUACGUCAAUUGAAAAUCCAUUUUUCAAUUAGCUUCGAGGAAAAUAGAUAUAUCACGGACUUCUACUCCCUAGCAUUUGAACUUCUCGCAUUACGAAGACUAUGUGUUACUUCAUCCAAUUUUUACAAGGUGUUACAGUUUAUCAAGUACAGUUUAUAUAUAUAUAAUUGUUGAGUGUAUACAAAACGAUAUAGUAACUCGCUAGAUGUUUUCUAUCAGAGAUUGAGGUUACGAAAAUGGUGGCACGUCGAGUGGAAUCAACUAUUUCCAACGGGACGCUUCGUUCAGUACAACUAUAAAUCAGGGUAGUUAAAGUUUUCAAUUAAUAUUGUCAUCUGUACCGAGAGAAUCUCUUAAAACUGAUUAAUCUUCCGAACGAAUGGAGACGGUUAUAGCCUCGGCGCAUAUUUAUUUAUAACCAUUUGACAAAAGUAUCUUUAUCGACUAACUGUUGCGCGAUACUGUUCGUGGCUAUGUCUAUGCUUUAAGGAUUAUCGUAAAUCGUUCAGCUGCUGUCUCUUCGUUGUCAAUGAUCAUUAAACAAUCGCGAUUCAGAUGCCAAACACGAUUAAUUCCGGUUACCGUCAUUCAAUAGGAAUUUAGGGGAUGAAGAUACUUAGCUUCGGUUUCUGAAUGUUCUCAGCUCCAUCCCCUCCGCCUAUUUCGAGGCGCGAAAAAUCAUUUUCCCGGACCUGCAGAUGGCAGGUGUUCCUUUCGCAGUUCCUAUUAUUCCUUCCGAGAGGCUCGCGGCCAAAUGCAAACCGAUCGAGCGCCGGCGAGGAGGAAAAGUCUGGAAAAUGGCUCGAGCAUCGGGAAGGGCGAUGAAACUUGGUUUCAUCAAUAACUCGAGCGGGUUGAAAAGUGCAGGCCGCUUGAGCCCGAGUUUCCGCGGGGAAAACUUCCUUUAUGGAAGUUCGAUCGGAGUUUCUGACCACCUCCGCCCGGUUAUUAGCCGGCUAUUUAUACACACCGGUGUUAUUGUUUACGAGUACGUCUGCCUUUAAGCCCGACCAGCGUUAGCUACCCGCGGGCGAAAUUUAUUUUUACUGCGAAACUUCGAUUCUCUCCGAACUAAGGUCUACGAUCAUUGUUCAACAGAAUGACCCUCCGACUGUCGUCGGGCAGCUUUCGCAAACUGUGCCGUACGUUCAGCAUAUUUCUGUAUGUACUUAACACGAUAUCGAGUAAUAAAGAGCAAGAAUUAAAUGUACUCUGCCCUAGCUACCCUUAAUCCUAAUUCUUUGA